GCCCCGGGCUCGCGUCCUGCCGCAGUCUCUCCAUCCAUCGCUGGUCCGGGAGAGCGCGAGACGGGAACCCUCUGCCCCCGAGCACCGCGACUCUGCAGAAAGCUGCGUGGGAGGGCUUCCGGGUCUCGAACUUGCAAGAGAGAGAGAGAGAGAGAGAGAGAGAGAGAGAGAGAGAGAGAGAGAGAGAGAGGGAGAGAGGAUCGACCCAUCAUCUCAGCUGCUGCUCUCCCGGGCCUGGAGAGCGAACAGGGAUUGAGGACUCUUCCAAGAUUUACAAUGAUACAGUGAACCCAAAGGUCGAGACCAGAACCAUUGGCUCAUAUAGCUAGUUCUAACAUCAGCAGAUUCUGCCAGCACCCGUCAUGGCUAAGAGUGCAGAGGUCAAACUGGCUGUGUUUGGAAGAGCCGGCGUGGGCAAGUCAGCCAUCGUAGUGAGAUUCCUGACCAGACGGUUCAUCUGGGAAUAUGAUCCAACCCUUGAAUCAACCUACCGACAUCAAGCAACCAUCGAUGACGAAGCGGUUUCCAUGGAGAUCCUAGACACAGCGGGUCAGGAAGACGCCAUCCAGAGGGAAGGGCACAUGCGAUGGGGGGAAGGGUUUGUGCUGGUCUACGACAUCACUGACCGGGGGAGUUUUGAGGAGGUGCUGCCCCUGAAGACCAUCUUGGACGAGGUGAAAAAGCCCAAGAACGUCACUCUCAUCUUGGUGGGUAACAAAGCCGACUUGGACCACUCUAGACAAGUGAGCACCGAGGAAGGGGAGAGGCUGGCUUCUGAACUGGCCUGCGCUUUUUACGAGUGUUCGGCCUGCACAGGGGAGGGGAACAUCACCGAGAUCUUCCACGAGUUGUGUCGGGAAGUCCGCCGCCGGAGGGUGGUGCAGGGCAAGACCAGGCGACGCAGCUCCACCACCCAUGUCAAGCAGGCCAUCAACAAGAUGCUCACCAAAAUCAGUAGCUAGGCAGCCACCCGCCGGAGCCACUGGGCAAUUGGAGAUUCGCUUUGGCUUCUCCUCCUCUUCUCCUUCGCAGACGUCGUCUUCUUUAUGGCCCUUUCAAAACUGAAGUCAAAUGUUCUCCUCCUAAUUCUUGACUCUGGGAGAUUAUCCGGGUUUCUCAUCCUUCCCACAGGACGUUUUAGAGCAUCCUGUGCACUUUCGGCAGCUCACAGUGUCUCCUUCGCCUGCCUGUCCAGGAUCCACGUGGAGGUGGUGUGAAGAUUCUGUCAUGGCCAGGUUCCUGUUAAGCUACCUUAGGCAUCUCUACCUUGCUUAAAUAUGUCAGUCUUUCCAAUAGCAUUGUAAGUUUUGUUUUUUUUUUUUUGUCAAAGCCUACAAAUCCUCCCCAUAAAUGUCUUAAGAUUUUUUUUUUUUCUAUUUUUGGUAAGAACACAAGAAAGAUAGCCUAGGAUUUGAGCAAGAAAAAAAAAAAAAAACCUGCAGUCCCUGUUUGUAGUGAAAGUUUUUCAGAAUUAUCUUAAAUCAUGUAGUUUUUUAAAAAUUGUUUAUUUGUCUUUAAAUUGAAAUGGUCUCUCACUCAAACUUUUAAAUAUCACAGUUCAUUUCAGUUUGAGUUAGUACUUUCAAUGAUAUGUUUGCAAUUACAUUUUUCUUGGCUCAGGCAAGAGUUUAACUUUAUCAUAAUUGAAGCAUCGCGACCUGAAUUCAAGCCUGACUACGGCUUUGUUCCCCCAAGUCAGGGUGGUAGAAAGCAUCAGGGAUGUUUACUCCAAGGCCUGACUUUAUUGCCUGUUACUGGAGGACUUAGAAUGACUCAUUCAUAUGUCACUCCAUUUAUCACCUUAGCAGAGAGGUUAACAGUCCAAACAAUCAGAAAGUUGGGAAUCAAGCUUAAUUACAGCCGUGCUGGGAAGCCAAGACUCUCUGUGCCGUGCCUAGUAAGAUGGCCACCAGACUUCUUUCAACUUUUGGGUAAACUAAUUCACUUGGGAGAAUUCAGAGAAGAAUGGAUGAUUAAAAUUCAUGAUACCUGAAUAAAUGUGUAUAAAAUGGAUUCUUGCUUUGUGUAAGUAAAGUCUAUAGCUGAUAAAAUAUGAUUCUUUUUUCUGCCCCCAUAUAUCAAGAUUUGGGCACUUUAUUCUUUUACAUAUGUAUCUAUUUAUAUGUAUACACACACACACACACACAUAUAUACAUAUAUGUAUAUGUGUAAAUUUGUAAGUGUUUGGAGGCUUUAAUUCACCAAUGUAUUUAGACACUUUGGUGUAACUGACUUUAUUUUUAUUUUAUGUGACUACAAUAAAAGGCAUAAUUUUCAA